AUGACGAAGGCUGUCGAAAGUGUGCUUGUACAAUUUAAGGAAAGGUUUGGUAGAUAUGCUAAAACGGCACAGUUUGAUGACGGAAAGGAAUUUUACAAUGUAGGAGUAAAGACGUUGCUAAAAAAUCACGAUGUCCACUACUUUUCCACAAGGACCUGCCGGAAAGCCGCAAUCGUCGAAAGAUUCAACAGGACCUUAAAAACAAGGAUGUGGAAAUACUUUACGGAAAAUAGUACAAAAGUUUGGGUGGACAUCUUACCUGCUCUCGUUAAAUCCAAAAAUAAUUACAUACGCAGGACAAUAGGAAUGAAACCGGCAGAUGUGAAUGAGGAAAAUAAGGAUGAAGUUUGGACAAGAAUCUACGGAUAUCCACUAAGCAGUUUUUGGGAUCCUAAAUUUAAGGUUGGGGAUCACGUUAGGGUGGAAAUAAAGCACAAGACCUUCGAAAAGGGAUACGAACCAAAUUUCGACAACGAAGUAUACGUCGUUACAGAGCUGUUCCGGGGAGAUCCCAAUAUGUACAGCCUUAAGGAUCCGGAAGAUGGGGAGGAUAUUCUAGGAAGAUACUAUGAACAGGAACUAUCCUUAGACUUAAUUUAA